CACGAGAGGCACUCAUUCCAACCGCGCUCGUGGUUCAAAAUGGCGAUCAUGACAGCGCCGUCGGUGUGGCUCGCCGUGGCAGUUCUAGUGUCGAGUGCGCACGUCAGCGUGAUCGGUGAACUUGUCGAGCUUGACGAGAACUCGUGGACCAAGCUUCUCGAAGGAGAAUGGAUGGUUGAAUUUUUUGCGCCCUGGUGCCCGGCCUGCAAGGCGUUGGGACCUGUUUGGAACGACUUCUCGAAGUGGAGCAAAGACUUGGGCGUCAAAGUUGCCCACGUUGACGUCACUACGAAUCCAGGUCUGAGCGGAAGGUUCAUGGUUACUGCGCUCCCGACAAUCUAUCACGUCAAAGACGGCGAGUUCAGGCAGUACCGCGGCACGAGAGACAAGGAGUCCUUCAUCAACUUUAUUGAGGAGAAGAAAUGGCAGAGCAUAGAGCCAGUCUACUGGAAGAGUCCGCAGUCCAUACAGAUGUCUCUGGUGGCGCAGUUCUUCAAGUUGUCCAUGAGUCUGAGGGCCCUGCACACAACGUUGGUUGACUACUACGGCAUCCCGUACUGGGGCUCCUACAUACUCUUUGCCCUGGGAACGAUCGUCAUUGGCGCCGUCCUGGGCCUGUUGAUCGUGUGCAUCAUAGACACAGUGUUCCCGCCGAAGCUACCCUCGUAUAAACCUGCAAAGAAGUCAGAGUCUGACAAUGAAGAAGAAGAGGACGGAAAGCGAGACGAUGACGUGAUCCUGGACGACACGCCCGAACAACCGGGCGACGGGGACGGCACACAGCUCAGGAAGCGCAACCCCGAACCUGAAACGGCGGAGUGAGCCUCGUCGCUCCGAGGUGCGCGGAUGUUUGGACGACGAUCGAAGACCACCGAAUAGUAAUAUGAACUGCCUUGGCGGAAGGUGUGGAGGAGCUUCGGGGGAAAUUCCUGUUUGGCACGACGAGUCUUCCUGUGCAGGCUUUUGUCUCGCAGUUGGGGGGGGGUCCUUGCGAGUUUGGAAGCACCCUGAACACUGGUGGCCAUUUCGCAAACCAAGUUUUUUUUUUUUUUUUAUUGCUUUGUUAUGUUUGCGUGUUCAAACUUGCACCUAUGAAGGAGAAACUGCUUAUGAUGGUCGGGCUUUGUUGGUUAAAGUGGUUAAGUCGCUCUAAAUUUGGCAUGGUUAAAAGGUGGUUGUCGUCAGCCCAGCAUCAUUGAAGCAUCGUUGUGAAGGUGAGGGCGGGCGGGUGCUGGCUCAGACGAUGACACGAAAAACUUUUUUUUUUUACUUGCACCUUCCGUCUUUCUUCGAAACUCUCUCAUUGUGGAAGCCAAAGGAGAAUGUGUGGUCGCUUCACGCUUCUGGUGUGCGUUGUGCUUCGCUAUUUUUUUUUCUUUUAGCUGAGUACUUUAUUUUUACUUCCUGCGCUUUUAAAGAUGGCAGUGUAGCUUAUCCUGUGAUCAAGUUAAUUCAUUCUAAACCAGGAUACCGGGCUCGCAAAAUUUUCAUGGAGGGGCACCAUUGAUGGUUUUCCGAUGGAGAGCACGUGCCGGCCACGUCUAAAAAGGCAUCACUCGUCUACCAUCAAAAGUUUCGAUUCUUAAACAAGACUCUUCGUCGGGCCAACAAAUUUUUAAUGGAGUGUAUCUGUUGCUCCGAAGCUUUUCGGAGCCAGGAGCAAGUCUCUCGUCAUGAUUUGUGAAACUCUUUGAGCAACAAAAGGUACUUUUGAAAAAUUUUCGACAGUCGUCGUGCCUCUUCAAAAUGGUCUGUUAGUCUCGACUGUCAAAACUCAUAAUCUUCGCAUCUUAUGCUUACUUAAAGGAAACUCUGGUUGGUCUCAGGGGAGUGCCUUAAAAAAAAAAAAAAAAACUUUCCUUUCACGUUUUGUGUGUGCGCUUGAAUGCCCGCGUGUUCGGUCUCUUGUGUCUUUCGCUCUCUCGAAGUCUGUCGCUUCGUAGUCAUAAAAAAAUGUGUUGUGUCGUGCUGGAUGAGUGCAUCGUGCCAUGGGCGUACGUCAUCCCGUAUGCAUCUAGCACGUUCACGAUCGGUCUCCUCUGUGUUUAGGAAGGGAAAAAAAAUGGCAGGGGCCAAUUUAAAAAAAAAAAAGAAAUGACAGCCGAGGCCUAUCUUGACCGAAAGUCUGCUUACUGUCAUUGUGGAUGAGUCAAACCAAUUGAAGAGAUGAUAGCCGAGGCCUCUCUCACCAGAAAGUCUGCUUACCUGUCGUUUUGGCGUUGUGGAUGAGUAUGGAAUGUGCAUGCCUGCAACUUGGAUUUGCACUCUAAGCUGUAUUCAUACGAUGAACCAAAUCGCUAUCGAAGCCGGCGGAUUGCGUAUCACGUGACUGUACGUCACCCAUUCUCGCGAUGGUCCUUCAGUCAGUGCGAUGUGACUCGCGAAACGAGGCCCAAAGCACAGUUGGGGAUCUUUGCAGAGAUAUACGGAAAUCCUCCCCCAUUGUGCGAAUUCUGGCUGUGGAGCAAUUCGAAUCCCGUGUUUUGCGCGGCGGAUUCGUCCGUGAUCACGUUCAUCGUGUGAAUAUAGCUUAAUCCACAACGAGUGCGCAGGUGCGAGAGUGGCAGUGCUUGCGUUUUGAUUAUGCCACCCUGAAAGUCUUGUCUUUUUUAUAACUCUUUCGCCUUGCCGGUCCCGAUGUAACGUGAACGCUACGUCAGACGUGCCGUAGUCUUCGCUGAAGCGUGCGGUGUGUCUGACUUGCAUGGUGCUCGUACGUGAUGUCUCCUACAGAUUAUAGUCUGUGAUAGGCCACAAAUUUUGCAGCUGGAAUGCGGGCCUCAGAGAGGCAACGUGUACAGGCUAUCGCAAUUAUAACGGACUAACCUUAAGGGGUACUGACGUGAAAAUUUUCAGCUGUUGUUUUUUUGCGUCAAAUGAAAGGCCAAGCCCUCGAGAGCCUAGAAAAUAUAUACUGAUAAGCGUGAGUGCGCCCUGAAAAAUUAAUUAUGACGUUUUAAAAGCUAGUUUCGAUUCUCACUGUAUCCUGACGUCGCGACAUGGUAUGAGCUUCUCAUCACGUGCACGCGCAAGAUACCAUGACAUUUCCACAGCUGCUCCGCUCCACGACUCCGCUGAUGACACACGAGCGGCCGUCUUGAUUGUUUUGGUACUUGAGGUGAUCACAACUACUCGUACUGGUGCUUGAUGUCACCAGAAUGGACACUGAAGCCAGACUUCACGAUAGUGUCGGUCUCGGUAGGUGCGCCAUGCGAAAAUUCACUUGAAUAUCAAAAUAAAAUAUCUUAUAAUAAUCUACCUAGCUUCACACUUACUCGGAGCUGUCUCUUUUCACGAGAUUUGUACGGCAGAGUAAACUCAGCUUCGAAAAUUGAUAUCAAUGCACCUUUAAGAAUGCAAACCGUUUUGUGCAUAUGAGUCCCACUUUGUGUUGUUAGCCAGGGGCGUAGCUUUCCCGUAUUCCCUGGGAAUGUGGGGUUGUCUCGGAUGGCAAUGUCCUGGGGGAGGGGUGGGGGUGCAAGACGGAGUAGCUGCAUAUUGAGGGAGGUACUCAAGAUAGUUGUGAUCAAAAUAUAAAAUUUCUUUUCGCAAGUGUUCGUUCCAGCAGUAUACUACGUGUCUGGGACGAAUUAGCCAACAAUUGGGAAACGUUAUGGGUCUUUGACGGAAGGCGCAACUGCCGCCUCUGUCGUUGGGAUCCUUCAAGAGAAGCCUCCGCUAUUUCCUGCGUUAGGAAACACAGCGCUUACUGUAGCUGCUUAUUGAGCCAGUGUUGCCAAAACAAACCUUCGAAAUUUGCAUCAUCACAUUGACAUCUGGGUGCUGAGGUUUGAGCCCAGAGUUUCAUAACGACACUUUUACCAUUAUUUUAUCUUCUAUAAAUGAACCUGUGAUUGUGAAAUUAACUACACA